AUGUAUGGGUUCCUAGGAAGAGCGUGGUUCCCGAACUUUCCGGCUUUCCUCAUCGGCGAUAUCGCUUCGUGGUGUUACAUCUUCAUUUACUGGAAAAACUCCAAUGAACAGCGUAAAAACGGCCAGCUCAUUGUAAUGGUGGUCGCAGUGUUGGCGGUGCCUACGCUCUAUGUUGCCGUCGGUUUCCUUGGAUUCACUGGGCAAACAAGAGCAGAAGUGUGGGAAACCCACGGCUUGUGCUUCUGUGACGUCACUGUAAUCUCAACUAGCUUCUUUACACUCAUAAAUAUCGUCCGCGCGUUCAAGAACAAGUCUACUGCAUCGAUCAACGUGUGUGCUUUGGUUGUAGGAACUUCUUACUCGAGUGGAUGGAUCACAUACGGUCACAUGACGUCGAACUGGAUCAUUGCAGGGCCUCAAGUGUGGAUCAUUACACUUCACUUGGCUAGUUGGGCCAUGUAUAUCGUUUUUUCUCGACAAAACAAUGUGGAGACAAGCUCGGUUACUUUGGAUGAGGAUGAUCCAGUCGACCUGUCGCUUGCUUUGCCAGUCGGUUGCAAUGAUAACAGUGACUUGAAGAUGGAAGCUGUUACUAGUUCAGAGUUCCAGGCGUUAUCAUCUCCAGUGGAACUUAUAGACGUUAUCAAAUUUAGGACGUGA